AUGUCUAAAGUAAUAAGAAAACUUUUCCGCGAUAAUUUUUUACGCCGUAUAUUCGCGCCUAUCUGUAUUACAAUCAUUCUGACCAUAAUCCUUAAAAAUGCAACGCUGAAAACGACGACUACCAAACCAAUAGUUCUAGAUGCUUUACUAAAACAAAAUUCUCCUCUGGAAAAUGAACUAUCAGAUGAAAGUAUAAAAUAUACUACAAAAUCAGCACGAAUCGAUUUAAAUGCAACAUUAGAAACAACAGUUCGAUGUGUUGGAUCAGUUUACAAUCAAUCAUGUCUCUUUGAAAAUCUCUACUAUGUUGAUAGUACAUUUACAAUGUUAAUAGUAAAAGGAAAACCUUUACCGGAACAUUCUGUACGAACAGAUGCUUUCAUCUUUUCGAAUUUAACGCCGAAUAAGCGAGAAUUUGAUACAUAUGUCGAUCUUCAACAGUUUGUUCGUUGUGUUAUCCAACCAAAACGAUUUCCUUAUGUAACACUUCAUUUUGGACAACCAUGGCAUCAUAAUAUUGGUCAUGCACUUUUUGAUGGACUCUAUCCAGCAUAUGUUGCAAUGAUUCGUUUUACACCUCGACAUCUUUAUCCAUUUCGUAUUUUAGCUGGAAUUGAUACUUGCAAUGAUUGUUGGAGUGAAGAUGUUUAUAGUCGUUUUGGCGGUCUAGGCAUUAUUAAACACAGUGUUCUCAAUAAAUUAUCAAGUGGUCGUUGGUAUGUUUUUGAUGAAAUUGUAAUGGGUAGUGGAACGAUGUGUCAACGUUGUACUCGACCUGAUUUACAAUUAGCUGGUGGUGUUGAAUUAGACGCUUCAAGGUUGUUUCGUGAUCGAAUGUAUCAACAACAUGGAUUUCUUCCUUUAACUUGUCGAUAUAAAUCUUCAUUGGAACAUCGAAAAUCGAAUGAUAUUCUUCGAGCAUAUGUUGUUGAUAAUAAACGUUUUACAUUAGAUGAUCGCAAAGAAAUUAACGACGCCAUUGAAGAAAUUAAUAGUUAUACUUAUUCAUAUAUACAUAAAAUGAUAAAUAAUUCAAAUAAAUUACAAUGGCCGUUGAUUAAUGUUACUUACAUUCAUUAUCAAUGGAUUAAAGCAAACAACGAUAGUUCAAUUUCAACUGAUACCACUGCAAUGGACUCUCGUUCACCAACAUAUGAAAUCAAUGAUAAUAAUUUUAUUGCCCAAUUAAAACUUCUCCGUCAAAUGGAUAUUCAUAUAACUGGUCCCGGAACAGGCCAGAUGUAUCAGACAUUUUUAUCUGAUGGGUCUGUUUCAAUUAAUAUUGGAGGUAUCAGACCAUGGGCAGCCGAAGGUACACCCAAAGCAUAUACUUCAUUUCUUGAACAACAUAUGACAAGUGGUACACCAUAUAUUAAAGGUCUUUAUUAUCCAAUUAAUGAACGACAAAAAGGUAUACGUAAAGAUGAAGUCGUUAAAUUAAUCCGUCAAGCGGGUAAAAUUAUUUUGCAAGGAUUUUCAUUACCAGUUAAUCCUCGAGAGAAUUUAGCACCUGAUGGACAAUUAUUUGUUGAAAUGUGUGGAAAAGAUACAAAAUUUUGUGAUUCUGUUACAAUAAGAACAGCAAAUCAACUAUAUGUCUGUAUAGAUUUAUGGAUUGAAGAUCUUGUUCACGAGGAGCGUCAAUGGAAAGAGGGUGGUUAUCUUGACAAUGGUCGUAAUCUUAGUUGUCCAUUCAAUCGCACAUUAUUACGUGGAUUAAGAAAAAAAUAUGGUAUUAAAUAUCGUGGAGGUAAUUCAUCGAAAUCUAUUUAA